CAUCCGUUUAUCUCAGAGCCCAUUUAGUACCUCUAGGGUUUAUAACUUGCUCUUCUUUAUUCGCGCUUCCUCUCGCCAAGACUGAGCCGUCCCUAACUCUAUCCCUCUUUGGUAGAGUCAGAUCGAGUUUCUGCAAUGGCCUUUGUCAAGGCUCAAAAAUCCAAGGCCUACUUCAAGCGAUUUCAGGUCAAGUACAAGAGAAGACGAGAGGGAAAGACUGACUACCGGGCCAGGAUUCGAUUGAUUAAUCAGGACAAGAACAAAUAUAAUACUCCCAAGUAUCGGUUUGUUGUGCGAUUUACCAACAAGGAUAUUACUGCACAAGUUCUCUCUGCCAGUAUUGCUGGUGAUAUAGUCCUUGCUGCUGCUUAUUCACAUGAGCUGCCACGUUAUGGACUUGAAGUUGGCCUUACUAACUAUGCAGCAGCAUACUGUACUGGGCUUCUUUUGGCUCGUCGUGUCUUGAAACUGCUUGAAAUGGAUGAUGAGUAUCAAGGCAAUGUGGAGGCUACUGGUGAGGAUUUCUCGGUUGAGCCUGCAGAGAGCAGGAGGCCAUUCCGUGCUCUCCUUGAUGUUGGCCUUAUUAGGACAACAACUGGCAAUCGUGUUUUUGGUGCCCUCAAGGGAGCAUUGGAUGGUGGUCUGGACAUCCCUCACAGUGAGAAGAGGUUUGCAGGUUAUGGAAAAGAAAGCAAGCAAUUUGAUGCCGAAGUUCACCGCAAAUACAUCUAUGGUGGCCAUGUUGUCGCAUAUAUGAGGACUUUGAUGGAAGAUGAACCUGAGAAGUAUCAGUCUCACUUCAGUGAAUAUAUCAAAAGAGAGAUUGAGCCUGAUGAUGUUGAGGAGAUGUACAAGAAAGUUCAUGCUGCAAUCCGUGCCGAUCCUGCAGUAAAGAAGUCUGAAAAACAGCCUCCCAAGGAACACAAGAGGUUCAACUUGAAGAAGCUUACUUAUGAGGAAAGGAAGGCCAAGCUGAUUGAGAGACUGAAUGCAUUAAAUUCUGCAGCUGAUGCUGAUGACGACGAGGACGAUGAUUAAAAAGUAGUGUGGGAACGUGAGUUUUAUAGUUUUGCUUAUCCGAAUCAAAGCUGUAUUUCUGCAGUUUAACUAGGGACCUAUUCUUGUUUUGAAAGUUCUUAUGUUUUUCCUUUUUUUGUUAAUUUUAUCUUAAGUUCAAUUUUGCAGCUUGGAUGGUAUGGGCAUUAUGAUGAUGUUGUGACUUGUCAUAUUGCUCAGUUUCCUUGGUUUAAACAUUUAUAAAAGAAAUUUCUUUGUUUAAACUAUGAAUAGCUUUCUUGUGCUCCCUA